CUCCCAGACACCCCAAACCUAGCAGCUGAGACGGGGGCUUCCUAAACUCAGGGGCCGCAGUGUGCGCUGUCGCGCCCUUCCUGCUGAGUAGGAGCUCGAGUCUAGGUGUUGGUUUUUGGACCCAUCAAGAAGAGACUCUCCCUGCGCUGUGCGCACCCUCGGGGCCCCCGCGUGACCCGGCCGGCGUUGCCCUCAGGCGCCCCAGCCUCGGCCUCUCCGCCCCCAGCCCUGCUUUUCCGGCCCGUUUGGAGCCGGGAGCGAUUUCACAAGGUGAUCUUUGGAGCCUCACGCCGCUGCGACCUGAGGCGGAGGUGGAUUUUGCAUCCAGCUGGGACGGGAGCCCCGAGGUGACAGGGCACAGCUCGCAAAGCAAAACAAAGCAAGCACGCGGCAAACAAGUGUUUAAAAACAAAGCCAAGCGCAGGCAGAGCCGUGUCAGAGGCCAGCGCCUCCACCGCGGCCCCCUCGACCCGGGCGGCGCCUGUCGCCUCCGUCCCCGCGGGGCUCAGGGACGCCGCCGGCGCCCGCUCCCGAGAGACCGGGCUGUCCCCGACCGUUCCCUUCCCGGCCCGCCCAGGGGAGCCCCCCGCCGGCAGCGUCCCAGCGUCCCGGGCCAUGGAGCCCGGCGAGGCGCUCAUGACUCAGGCCAUCCAGCCGGCGCACGCCAACGCCCGCGGCGAGCUCAGCGCGGGGCAGCUGCUCAAGUGGGUGGACGCCACGGCCUGCCUGGCAGCCGAGAAGCACGCAGGGCUUUCCUGCGUCACAGCCUCGGUGGACGACAUUCAGUUUGAGGAGACAGCGAGAGUUGGGCAAGUUAUAACCAUCAGAGCAAAAGUUACCAGAGCCUUCAAAACCAGCAUGGAGAUAAGUAUCAAGGUCAUGGUUCAGGACACACUCACUGGCACUGAGAAGCUUGUCAGCAUCGCGUUUUCUACAUUUGUGGCCAAACCAGCUGGAGGAGAAAAGAUUGAGUUAAAACCAGUCCAACUCCUGACUGAACAAGACCGCAUAGAGCACGACCUGGCGUCCGAGAGAAGGAAGGUCCGGCUGCAGCACGAAGACACUUAUCAGCGCUUAAUGGAGGAGAGCAGCCCAUUUGCAGAUCCCCUGUGCAACAAGGAGGAAGGGACGGUGACCAGCGCCACUGCCGUGCAGAGCAUCGAGCUGGUGCUCCCGCCCCACGCCAAUCACCAUGGGAACACGUUCGGGGGCCAGAUCAUGGCGUGGAUGGAGACAGCAGCCACCAUAGCUGCAAGCCGCCUGUGUCGAGGACACCCCUUCCUCAAGUCCGUGGACAUGUUCAAGUUCCGGGGCGCCUCCACUGUCGGGGACCGGCUGGUCUUCAGGGCCAUCGUCAACAACACGUUUCAGACCUGUGUGGAGGUCGGAGUGCGCGUGGAGGCCUUCACCUGUCAGGAGUGGGCUGCGGGCCAGGGCCGGCACAUCAACAGCGCCUUCCUCAUCUACAACGCCGUGGAUGACCAGGAGGAGCCGGUCACCUUCCCCAGGGUCAAGCCCAUUUCCAAGGAUGAUUUCAGACGCUACUGGGGAGCCAUGGCACGCAAGAGAAUCCGCCUGGGCAGGAGAUACGUUAUUUCUCACCGACAAGAGGUCCCCACCUCCACACCCUGGGACGAGAGCCAGCAGGCAUCCCUGAUUGAUGACAAUGUGGAGGCUCUCAGACAGCUGGCCGCCAAAACCGGCUGGGAGGUGACCAGCGCCUUGGGAAAGAUAAAAAUAUACACUCUGGAAGAGCGAGAAUUCUUAUCGGUGUGGGUUGAAAAGCGUGUGAGGUGCCCAGCACACCUGGCUUACUGUCUCUUGUCUGACUUCACAAAUCGCCCGCUGUGGGACCCCCACUACACGUCCUGCACCUCCGUGGACCAGGUGAGUGAGGACGACCAGAUCUACCACGUCACCUGUUGUCAGGUGAAUGGCGACAAACCCAAGGACUUCGUGGUGCUCGUGUCUCGGAGGAGGCCUGCCCAGGAGAGGGACACGUACCUGGUGGCAGUGAAGUCAGUGGUUCUGCCCGCCGUGCCACCAUCUCCGGGAUACACCAGAAGUGAGGUGGCGCUCGCUGGGUUUCUCAUCCAGCCCACCGACCACAGUUCCUGCACUGUGUCGUACCUUAACCAGAUGUCGGCUGGCGUCCUGCCUUACUUUGCUGGAGAUCUCGGGGGCUGGUCCAAAUCCAUCGAAGAAGCAGCCUCCUCCUGCAUACGCUUCAUAGAGAAUGCUGCUGAUGGUGCCGUGUGUUAAAGGUCAAUUUUCAAUUUCCUGGAACUUAAUUUCCCACUUUAAUUCCAAGUACUCUUGCCCGGUGUUAGAGUCACAGAAUGAUUGACUUUCAGCCUAAGAAAAAUAGUUAAGAAGAGAUUGCAAACCAAGCUGCAUCUCAAUCCAAUCGCAGAGAUUUAGCUUAGCAUUAAAACGGCUUUAAAACUCCAUCUUAGAGCAGCCGGGGCUCUGCCUCUUCCAGAGCACGAAAAUUGGAAAAUUGCCUGGCUGCAAAACUGCGUGUUCUGUAAAGUGGUAUGAGUUUAGUUAAAAUCAUCAUAAACAUGUUUGGGUUCCAGCGGGGCAACGUGUGCUCUGGCUGAAAUUUUCCAAAGUGUAAAAUGAUGGUUUGCUAUACACUGAUUAAUGCAUGACACGGUUCCCUGUACAGCAGGUAUCUGUGUGGCAGGGCAUCUGACGAGAUGUAUUACAUGUUUUAGGGCUUCAAAUUAGGAAGGCAUUAAAAUAUAAUAGAACCCAAUCAAUUUUAGUAAUGGGAGCUACUUUACUAGUGUCAUUCUGCAUAUAUUCCAGGUGGGCAGCCAAUUUAGUAUCUAGGGCUAUAUAUACGCAUACAAAGUACCUGCAAAAUGGGAUACUGCAGAGGAAGAGAGUGUUAGUGGGCUCUGUACCCCCAACCCAUACAUCAGCACAUGAUCCCCUGGACUUCCACGCUGCCAUUUGUCUUUCUGAAUAUGUCACGGUAGCCCCAUCAAAAGGACAGCUUUCAGAAGUUGAAGGAGCUCGCCACUAGAGUUUACACGGUCUCCCAAGGCAGGAGGUGUGGCCCAGAGGCCUGGCAGCGGAGAGCGGCUCAGGGAAUGGUGGGCGGGAAGCAAGGUGGUCACUGGAGGAGCCAGAGUGACCAAGUUAGAUACGCCAUCUGUUAGCGUGCCAACUCUUUUCUCCCCUCUUUGCUUGCCAUGUUGGGGAUCAAACCCAGGGCCUUGUGCCACACCUUCAGCCCUCAUUUCCUGAAUCUGCCCGUCCCUGUGCUCCCCACAUCUGCCUCCUCCCCUCCCACCCGCCCACACAGCCUGGCCUGGUCAUGGUUACUUUCAUCUGCCUAUGUCAAGAGGUUUUCGUGCAUAUGAACUUUGGGCUGGACUGCCAUUGUAUGAAUCAAUAUUUAUAUACAAUAAAAGUAGACACAUAAA